AUGGCGUCCCGAUCACCUACUAGCUCAGCGGUUGCUGGCCCUGCCUCCGACAUAGAAGCACCCAGUUCACCCAUACAUCGAGAUGAGGGCAAAUCAUUCUUGUCGCAGGCCAUGACGGAAGAUGAAGACACACGAAUGAUCGACAUGACGCCCGAGCCGGCAGAGAAGACUGGACGCGGCAAGGGCAAGUCGCAGGGCAAGGACAAAGAUGGAGGCACAAUUGGCAAGAUUAGACAUCUCAAGAAAGAGGACGGUGAGCCGCUGUGGCGAAAAGACAUUCAACACGAUUUCCUCAAGGCUGUCUUUGAUGACAUGACACCUGCCUUUACCAACUCGUACGAACCUGGACGCGACAAACAGAACUUUGCCGACCUCUACAUAGACACCAUGUCAAGGAGCAGCAAGACGAGCAAAGUCUUACGCGACAAGCUGCUGAGCGAUCGAGAUGCCGCAAAGGGCAUGGCAAUGGUGUGCCUGCUCGUGAACAUUGGGCGGAUGAACACAACACUAAACUUCUUCCCCGAGAUGCGAGCCCAACUUCGUACCUACCAUGCCAUUCCUUCGCUGCAGGCACACCAAGACCCCCACGCAUACAAACAGCUCCAGGAUGCGCCUCGUUUGAAGUCCAUCCUGAAGGGCGGGGCCGAGGACCGACAGGAGCCUGGGAGUCUCAAUAAGAUCAAAGCCCGCGACUGUCCGCGUACCAACCCGGUCAACCUCUUGUUCGUAAUAUGCAACGCUGCUCUUAAGGUAGCAGAGUUGCAUUUUCCUCCUGGGCAAGAGUUCCACGAUCUUGUCAUGAAGACAAAUUACACGAGCAAGUCUCGGGCCAAGGCCUUUUUGUGGAUCAUGUGGUUCUACCUAGAGUCUGACUUUACUGAGGAAGGCUGCGACGAGAACCCUUUUGGUCGCGGCGUGGACUACGGCGUAGACGUUGCAAAUCAGGGCGUGCCACGCCUCGAGGAGAUGACGCCUGAGGAGGAGGCUCGUGAGAACAUUGACACGCCCAAGGAAAUGGAGUUUGGUCACGAGAGGCAGAAAACGCGUGCUAAGAUUCUCGAAGCCGAUCAGCAGUUUCUUGACAACCAGAGCAAGCGUGGGGGACGGGGUGGCAAUCGCGUGCCCGUGGAAGACGGCCCAGCAAUAUUGCCCAGGAUCCGACCUUCGCGCAACGAAUCGGACAUGGAUAGCAUCCGGUCGACUCCGCCGCCGAAACUGCUUGGUCAUUUAGGGGCUAAAAGCUCAGGUCGCCGGGGCGGCGCGUCGCUCAAGUACCAGGCCUUCGAGGCCUCAUCGCCCGGCGGGCCUGGGGCGGAGGGCAUCAUCGCUAGAAAGCCAAGACCACCAACAGCUCACCAGCUAGCGGUAGAACGCAACCGCAGUCAGCGUGUGGAGCAUAUCCUGGACCAGGGGUUGCGUAAAGAGCACCGCAGGGCUCGUAAGCUUCGCAAAGCGGAAGGCCAUCUUUUGCGAGCCAUGCGACGGAUCAAGCAGAUGGAAGAUCCACUUGAAGACAGCGAUGUCGAAGACGAAGUACGACGCGAGUUGUCUGCCGGUGGCCCGCUGCGAGAUGCUGGCCAGUUCCGUCAUCGCGGCAUGGCGGGACUCACCCCGCUCAAGUCUGAAGAUGACGACUUUGGGGAAGAGUCGGCAGCGAUAUCCGCAGCAUACCGGCGGGCCAAUCGUCGUCUGGCGCGGUGGGCGCAGUACAAGGGAACUGGUCGAGGCGUGAUCGCACCCGUCAAGAAGCGCAGCCUUGUGAACGGAGCAGCCGAGCCAGAGGAAAACGGCGACAUUGGUGAAGUCGGCGACGAGACGCUGCUGGCAGGGGACGAGGGCCAUGGCGACGAGCGCGUCAACGGACACACUAACGGUGACGUGACGAUGGCUGACGACGGCGACGAGGUGGAUGAUAUUGAAGACGCAGACAGGACAGUUGUCGGGGCUAAUAGCGGCGGAGAGGAGGAGGAGCUCGACGACAUGGAAAGGUCUCUGCUGGGCAUGGCGCCCGGUGAUGAGGACGAUUCGUCUGACUCGGACUAG